GGGAAGGAAAAGAAGAAAACGAGAGCCGAGGACACGGACACACACACAGGACUCCUCUUUUCUCGGUGCCUGCACUUAUGCCUGGCAGAGCUGGUUCCCAGCCGUCCUGCCAACCUGCUGCCUGCGCUGCCCGUGCCAAGCCGCAGCUCAGCCCCGCGCCCUGGGCAAGCAGAGACCCCCCCGGUGCCGCCGAUCCCCCCGCCGCCAAGAAGGGCCGUCGUGGGGCUGCCGCCACGCUCCGAGCAAGGGCAGAGCAUGGCCUCAGCCCUCCCGCUGCUGCUGCUCUGCGUGCUUGUCCCCACGGUGGUCCCGGAGGUGUUUGGCCCUGGAGAUGGCACAGAGGACCUCAAGGCUCUGCAGGUCUCCAUCCCGCGCCACCCGGCCCUUGACGCCGUGCUGGCGGGCGACAUCACCAUCCCCUGCCUCAUCACCUACCUCGGUCCCCUGCCCACCGCCGGCACAGCUGGGCGCCGCGCGGUGCUGGGAGCCCCCCGGGUCAAGUGGACCUUCAUCUCCGAGGGCAGGGAGGUGGAGAUCUUGGUAGCCCGGGGGGACAGGGUGAAGGUGAGCGAGGACUAUCGCCUCCGCGCCUCCCUGCCCAUCUUCCACCAGCGCUACACCAACGCCUCCCUGCUGCUCACCGAGCUGCGGCCCAACGACUCGGGGAUCUACCGCUGCGACGUGCAGCAUGGCAUCGAGGACGGCCAUGACAUCCUCGACGUCAAAGUCAAAGGGGUGGUGUUUCAUUACCGGGAGGGCUCCAUGCGCUACGCCUACACCUUCACCGAGGCGCAGGAGGCUUGUGCCCGGAUCGGCGCCCGCAUCGCCACCCCCGAGCAGCUCUACGCUGCCUACAUGGGCGGCUACGAGCAGUGCGAUGCCGGCUGGAUCGCCGACCAGACUGUCAGGUAUCCCAUCCACACGCCUCGCGAGGCCUGUUAUGGAGACAUGAACGGCUUCCCCGGGGUGAGGAACUACGGGGUGGUGGACCCGGAGGACAUGUAUGACGUGUACUGCUAUGCCGAGGAGCUCCCAGGGGAGAUCUUUUUGGAGACGGCCCCAGACAAAUUCACGCUGGAGGAGGCGGCGGCGCGGUGCCGGGUGCUGGGCGCGGAGCUGGCGCGGACAGGGCAGCUCUACGCGGCUUGGAACGCGGGGCUGGACGCCUGCAGCCCCGGCUGGCUGGCCGAUGGCAGCGUCCGCUACCCCAUCGUCACCCCCCGGGAACGCUGCGGCGGGGCCCUGCCGGGUGUCAAAACCAUCUUCCUCUUCCGCAACCAGACGGGAUUCCCCGAUGCCCAGAGCAGAUACGAUGCGUACUGCUUUCGAGAAGGGACAAACUCUUUCCCUGAGGCUGCCAGAGAGCCCGAGGGCCUGCAGGAGAUUGUUACAGUGGCAGAAAAGCUGGAGGAGCUGCAGCUGCCCAGAGCGCAAGUGGAGAUUGAGUCGCGAGGGGCUAUAUACGCCGUCCCUUUCUUUGAGGACGCGGAGCUGGAAAAGCCGAGCCUGUCCCCCGAAGACGCACUGGGGCCAGGGGCCCGGCACCCCCCACUAGAUACCUCCGUGUCCCCUGCCGUCCCUUUCCCCACGGCCGUGGCCGUCCCCGAGGCAGGCGUCCCGCGUAGCUGUGGUGCGGAGCCGGGGAGCCGGUCCCCCGCGGAGGAGGAGGGGGCGACAGGGGCAGUUGGGGAGUGCCCAGUGCCCGGGCACGAGCUGUCCCGCACGGAGGAGGAGCAAGGAGCAGCACCGGGCAGGGACCCUGGCAUUGCAUCAGCAGAGAGCCUGGGUGGAGGGCGAGACCCCAACCAGCCCACAGAGCCGGACACCAUCACCAGCACACAGCUCUCCAUGGUCCCACGGGCAGGUGCAGAGGGACCCACCGGUGCCCUGUCCCUGGAUGGGGCUGCAGCAGAUAGCCGAGAGCCUGGUGGGACCCCUCCGCGUGGCCACGGCUCCGGCAGGGCGAGCACCCCCGUCCCCCCCACCGAAGACGCCGAGCUCUCGGGAGACGUGGCCGAAAGCCCCAGGGUGUCCCCGCUGCCCCCGGCGCCCUCGCAGCCUCAGGAGGAGGGAGAGGAGCAGUCAGGGGCCCUGUGGGUCCCCUCGCCUGUGGCCCCAAGGGCUGGGACCACUGUCCCCAUGGCAGAGGUGACGGUGGUCACCCCAUGGCACACGGAGGUGCCCAGCAGCAGCGGUGCCCCAGCCACAGGAGGUGAGGAGGCUGUGCCACGACCCCCAGGCACUGACCAUGGGAUGCCCACUGUAUCUUCAGAAGAGGAGGAAGAUGAGGAGGAGGAUGAUGAGGAGGAAGAGCAACCCGCUCCCUCCGCUGCAACGGUGGAGGGUUUCCUUGCAGCCAUUCCUGGAGAACCAGGUGGCUGUGUCCCCAACCCCUGCCUGAACGGAGGGACCUGCACAGAGGACGGUGCCCACCCCACCUGCCUCUGCCUGCCCGGCUAUGGAGGCAGCAGCUGCGAGAGACCGCUGGAGAAGUGCAGCCCCGGCUGGGACGGCUUCCAGGGAGCCUGCUACAAGCAUUUCUCUACGCGGCGGAGCUGGGAGGACGCGGAGAGCCAGUGCAGACAUUAUGGGGGGCACCUGGCCACCAUCCUGACCCCCGAAGAGCAGGACUUCAUCAACGACCAGUACAGGGAAUACCAGUGGAUCGGCUUGAACGACCGGACCAUCGAGGGGGAUUUCCAGUGGUCUGACGGCAGCCCCUUGCUCUAUGAGAACUGGCACCCCGGGCAGCCCGACAGCUACUUUCUCUCCGGGGAGAACUGUGUGGUCAUUGUGUGGCACGACGGGGGCCAGUGGAGCGACGUGCCCUGCAACUACCACCUGUCCUACACCUGCAAAAUGGGGCUGGUGCAGUGCGGGCCCCCCCCCGCUGUCAGCAACGCCCGCGCCUUCGGCAAACCAAAGCAGCGCUACGAGAUUGGCUCCAUCACGCGGUACCAGUGCCGCCCCGGCUUUGCCCCCCGCCGCUCGCCCAUCAUCCGGUGCCGGGAGGAUGGGACAUGGGAGCCCCCCCAGCUCGCCUGUCGCCCCGGCCUGGGUCAGCCCCCCGACGACUGAGCGAGUCCCCAGGGCAGAAGCCGCCCCCUCCUUGGGUGCUGGAGCCACCGCGGAUGGAGCCGGUGCCAAGACACCAGCGCAGACACCGGCGUGUGGCGGAAUCUCACCACUGGGUGUCUGCCUCCUUGCUUGUUUUAUAUCUGUACAAAGAAAUCCUAAUAAGUAAAGAUUCCCUUGAAAGGAACCGA